CCGCUCCAUUUUUCUUCACAUAAACAUAAUUCUCAGAAUGAAAAUGGGUCGACAGAAAAACCGGCCAGUUCUGAGCCACCUCAAGAAAGCCAUGAAGAAGCUCAACUCCCUCAUCAGAUUAACCCGAACCAGGUGGCGAGUUGCUUCCCUCCUCCGUAGAGCCUCUUACCGCCGCUGCCUGUGCUUUAAUCAUAGUCCAAGCUUGCGAGACUGUAUAGGGGUAGGAGGAGGGGGAUCUGAUGAGAAGAGAAGUCCGGUCCGAGUGCUUCAACGGAUUACUAGCUUUCCUCCCGAUGAUGAUAUUGAUAGAAGGGCGGAGGUCUUUAUAUCUAAUUUUCACCGUCGGCUUUGGUUGGAAAGACAGGUUUCUUUGGAGUUAAGUUACUGCCGGACCUCCAGUUUUUGAGGGAGAUUUUUCACCGGAUUUGGAAAUGUUGUGUGUGCAUAUAUGAUUGAAUUAGGUCCAGUGGACCAAGAGUUUUUGAGAAGAUAUUUUUUCACCGGAGUUGCAAGCGUUGUGUGUGCAUAAUUAAAUUAGGUCCGCCAAUUACGUUGGGGCCUAAGGACUUAAAUGGUGUGGUUUGCAAGUCCUGGCUUCAAUUCCAAAUACUGAAGUUCAUCCUCUUCCCUCUUUGUUUGUAAUUAUAAUGUAAUACAAUUACCCCUGUUUACAAAUAGAAUAAUUAAAUAAGGUCCAGACUCCAUGGUGUUAUAAUAGUAUACUGCAUUGUUUGUAUCAUUUCAAUAAUUAUUGUUUGUAUCAUUACAAUAAUUACAAUUGUUUUGU